AUGGCAGAGCCAUCCGCUCCCAAGCGGGUGAACCGUGCGAGGUUCAAGAUCCCCUCAGAGAAGGGGACCGUGGCAGCUCCAAAGUCUGAAGCCAAGCAGCCGGAUCAGGUGACUGCGCCGGCACCGGCCGCGAAGCAGAAGGAGGCGCCUGCGCAGGCGCCCAAGCCGGCACUGCCGGAGCCGGUGUCGGCGGCUUCUGCUGCAACGCCGCUCCGGAACUUGGCGGUGUCCACCGAGAGCGCGAAUCCCUUGCAGGGCAAGAUCAUAUGCUUUGCCAGCGACGUGUUCUCAAUACCACAGGCGGAAGUGGAGCGCAGGGUGGAAUUGGCUGGGGGGAAGAUUGGAAGUGCGCUUUCGCAGCGCACGUCCUUUCUGGUUCUUGGUGGAAAGCUGCCAGAUGGUCGUCCUGCCAGAGAAUCUGCAAAGUAUCAGAGGUUUUUGGACCUGCAGAGGAAAGGCACCGUUGUCGCAGAAGUGGUAGAAGAGGAGGAUUUCCUGAAGCUAUUGCCAAAGGAGGCUAAGCAUCCAGAAACGAAAGGGGAAGCCCAGAACCCGCAAAAGCAGGCGAAGCCGACUCAGAAUCCCUUCAACUGGGUGGACAUUUUUGCCCCCUUCCAGCUUAACCAGCUGUUGGGGAACAAUGCUGUCAUCCAGCGUCUGUCGGAUUGGCUCAGAGACUGGGAGGAGGUUGUACUUCGGGGCAAGAAGAAAGCUGUUUCCUUUCAACCUGGCCAUGGUGCUCCAGAGAACAUCAAUGCGAGAGCCGCCCUUGUCAGUGGCCCCCCGGGCGUGGGGAAGACCACUGCGGCGAGGCUGGUGGCCCAACUCCAUGGCGCCUACGAGGUCCUGGAGUACAAUGCUUCAGAUGCCAGGAGCCAGAAGGUCAUCCAGGACAUGGCAGAUGGGAUUGCCCAAAAUUCCGCGAUUUCCUUCCCAGGAUCUGGAAGCAAGAGGAAAGCAGUGAUCAUUAUGGACGAGGUUGACGGUAUUGGCGCUGGUGAUAGGGGUGGCAUUGCUGCAUUGAUCAAAAUGAUCAAAACGACUCGAAACCCAAUCAUAUGCAUUUGCAACGAUCGGCAGCACCAGAAGGUGCGCAACUUGGCAUCAAGCUGCUAUGACUUGAAGUUCAGCAGGCCUGCCAAGGCCGCAGUGGCGCAGAGGUGUGCCGAUAUCGCCAGGCGUCAAGGCCUCAAAGUGGACCUCCGCUCGCUGGAGGCCCUGGCCGAGUCCUGUGGCUGCGACAUGAGGGUGGUUCUGAACCAGCUGCAGAUGUCGGGUGGCAGCUUGGGAGGCAAAGACCAAGAGGUCAUGCUUGGUCCCUUCGAAGCGUGCCGCAAGUUACUCAAUGCAUCAGAGGCUGCCCGCACUAGCUUCGACGAGCGGCAAAAUUUGUUUUUUGUGGACUACUCCAUGGUGGGCUUGCUCAUUCAGGAGAACUACUUGAGGUCAAUGGAGCGAAAACGGGCAGACCUACAGGUGCUGAACCGAUGUGCAUAUUCUGCGGAUCUCAUGACAGUGGGUGACAUCUUCAACCAGCGCAUCGGAGCGGCACAGGAAUGGGGCCUUUUGCCGCACUGCGCAGUGGUCUCCUGUGCGUAUCCGGCAUGGGUCACCAAUGGGGUGCUGGCUUAUCCAAGCUUCCCGGCUGCCCUCGGCAAGAUGUCGACUCUUUCGCGGUCUAGGCGACUUGUUAUGGAGCUGCAGAUGCACCUGCGCCUUUCAGCAACAGUUGAUGGCAAGGGAAUGAUGACGUCUUCAUAUGGAGAACUUCUUUACAGGCGCCUGCUGGAACCCUUGAAGAAAGGCAAUAUCAAGGAGACGGUUGGCUUGAUGGAUGCUUAUGGCCUUCGCCGCGAGCACUUGGUGGAGCACCUCACAGAGUUGCGACAGCACGUGGGCAGUCAGGAUGAGUUCAAGCAGGUGGACUCGAAGGUGAAAGCUGCCUUGACGCGGGAGCUCAACUCUGGCAGCCACGCUGUCAAGGUCCCGGUUUGGCAAUUGGGCAGGUUUCAGGGCAGCUUGCCGGUUUGA